AUGGAGAAAGCCCCCGGCUCCCCUUCUGUGGGGGGCAGCUACCCACAAAAAAACGCUGAGAUCCUCAGCAGUCAGUACGGCAUCAACCUGUUCCUGGCUGGGCUGUUGCUCACCUUUGCCUGGGCUGUGCAUGCUGUGGGCAUCAGCAAGAGCCACCUGCUCUCCUACCUCAUCACCCUGAUGCUCAUCCAACUUCUGUGGAUGCUGUGGUACCUCUGCAGGAGCUGCACGCAGAGGAGGCUGAUCCGUGAGAAGGAUACGCACGCCGGAGCCUGCUGGCUGAAGUGUGGGAUUACAUUAUUUGCAGUGAUUACUUUAAUUCUGGACUCUUUUAAAAUUGGAUAUUAUGUUGAUUUUUCAAAUUGUUUAUCAGCAGUGGAAGGAAUUUUUCCUGUUACACAUGCAGUACAUACUAUCUUACAGGUGUACUUUCUGUGGUGUCAUGCAAAGGAUAUUAUCCAGUCUUUCAAAACACUUGAAAGGUUUGGGGUUAUCCAUUCUGUGUUCACAAAUUUACUCCUGUGGACAAAUGGAGUGUUAACAGAGUCAAAACAUCAACUUAAUGAACAUAAAGAAAGACUAAUCACACUUGGUUUUGGGAACAUAACAAUAGUUUUAGAUGAUCAUGCACCUCAAUGCAAUUGUACAACAACAACGCUCUGCUCAAUAUUUUCUCAAGGAAUAUAUUACCUAUAUCCUUUUAAUAUAGAGUACCAUAUUCUAGCAUCCACGAUGCUCUAUGUCCUGUGGAAGAAUAUUGGACGCAAAGUAGAACACCAUCAGCAACACAAAACCCCAUUCAAAUUCCAUGGCAUAACAGUUGGAAUGAUUUUUGGACUAAUUGUGUUAAUUAGCACAAUAGCAAAAGUUGUUGUGUAUUUAAUUCAGAUUGGACGUUCAAAAACCAAAAGUGAGUUAGCACUUACUAUAUUUUACUUGCAUGCUAUCUCUGUAUUGGCUCUCAUGUGCACUGCUGGAAUUGUUGCCCUUUUAAUUUACAGACUGGAGGAUAGAUCAUUGGAUAAUUCAAAAAAUCCUGCUAGAAAACUUGACGCAGAACUGCUGGUUGGCACAGCUGCAGGAUCCUGGCUCCUCUCAUGGGGUUCAAUCCUAGCAAUUAUCUGUGCCCAAGCUCAUCCAAAAUAUACAUGGUAUAAUCUGCCUUAUUCCAUCCUGGUUAUUAUUGAGAAAUACAUUCAGAACCUCUUCAUCAUUGAAUCCAUACAUCGUGAACAGGAAAAGGUGAAUGAUGAUAUUAAAACUCUUCGAAUAGUCACUGUAUCUAGGGGGAGCACUUUGUCACUUGCCCCCUCGUACAAAGAGAUCUACAAUGGAACGGCUGCUCAUGGCCAUGGAGAGUUGCCGUUCCUGCUUAAUGGCAGCAUCCGUGCGAGAGGAAACGAUGGCAGUGGUGGGGCCAAAGAAGAAACAAGUCAGGUUAAUUGUUCAGCCAUGCAUUCAGCCCCAUUUUAUAGCAGAAAUUCAGUUACUAACAACAAGAGAAGGAUUCUGAAGAACAUUGCAGCGUUUUUAUUCUUAUGCAAUCUUUCGCUUUGGAUACCACCGGCAUUUGGUUGCCGCCCAGAAUAUGACAAUGGACUAGAAGAAAUAGUUUUUGGCUUUGAACCUUGGAUAAUUGUUGUGAACCUUGCAAUGCCUUUUUCUAUUUUCUAUCGAAUGCAUUCAGCUGCCUCACUCUUUGAAGUCAAUUGUAAAACAUAGAUCAUAUACGGUCCUUCACUGAACAAUUGAUUGAAUAAUUAAUUACAUAAAUAACAGAUGAAUGAGUGGAUGAAUGGAAGAGUGAACAUAGCAACAGCUGCUCAAUACAUAGAAAGUUCAAUAAAUAUUUUUUAAAAGAAGGGACUAUAGCUAGUAGCAUGUAAUAUUUUUUAUUUUUCCUCCUUCCACACAUUUUGUUAUAAACUUGGUUUUAUUGUCUAGACUUUUCAAUAUCAUACUAAUGUCAGCUCUCACAGUGAAGUUAAUUCAAAUUUCCUUAGUCCUUGCCUCACUCAUCUGGGAUUUGUCCUCUAUGUAAUUUGUAUUGCUUUAUUUUCUUUAACUGUGGCCUUGGAAAGUGGUUUAAAAAAAUCUGUGGUUUAGGAAGGCAAAUAUGAGGGACUCCUAAAGAGAGUGAUGCUCCUAAAUCCACAUAGUCACUCUGAAUUCUUAAUUCUUAGCUAUGUUUUUAUAAUACAACCUGGAAAGAUUUUCUAUUUAGUUGGGAUAUAAAGCUUUCUGAUUAUUGAUAGAAAAGCAACAUAUUAUUUUAUUAACUAUAUACCAUGAAAUCCAAAUAACUAACAUGCAGAUUUAGAUAUUAUACAGUAUAUACUU